AACCCCCCCACUGCUCUCUCAACAACUAUCCGCAUACCAUUUUCCCCAUCUUUCUUCUUUAUUUUAGCAUCUCUCUCUAAUUUUAUGAAAAUGGCAGGAGUUGGUGCUCCAGUUGUUUGUGUAGCUUUAGUCAUUUGUAUGGUGGUGCCGAGCUUGGCCACAGUUUACACUGUAGGAGACUCCAGUGGCUGGACCAUGGGCGCUGACUAUAGCACAUGGACCAGUGGCAAAACCUUUAAAGUUGGUGAUAGCCUUGUGUUCAACUAUGGAAGUGGGCACACUGUCGAUGAAGUGAGCGCCAGUGACUACAACACAUGCACAACGGGGAAUGCACUCACCACAGACAGUAGCGGCGCCACAACUAUCGCUCUAAAGACCGCCGGGACUCAUUACUUUAUUUGUGGUGUGAUUGGUCAUUGUGGCAAUGGUAUGAAGAUUGCUGUGACUGUGACAGCAGGAUCACCCACUGCCCCAUCAGGAUCAACAUCUUCUGGCAACCCAACCACUUCUGGUCAUAACACAACCACAACCAACACACCUUCUUCUAACGUUACUGAAUCAUCUUCUGGGGGUGCCUUCUCCCCAUUGGUCACUUUAGUUAUUACUUUUGUUGCAUUUUUUUUGUUGAUUCUGUCAUAAUAAGUGACCAGGAUAGAGGCAGUGCUUUCUUUCUCUCUUUUACUCCGUAUCUUGUUUUGUAUUCAUGAGUUAUCUAUGAGUAGGUUUGUUUUCUUAAAAAA